AUGACCGACACUGCUAAGCUUGCGCUUACCCUGCAUACAGAGCGUCGUCAACUUGAAACGCAGCAUCCCACUAGUAAUUCAGAUAUCACAUCUACUGUCACUUCAGUAAGAGCUUCUGCUUCUCCAGUUGAAUUUGAUCUAGAGGCACGUCUACUUGCUCAACUUAGAUCUAGUCUCGGCCAGGUACACAGCGUGUUUUUUGACCUAUCUCCAGCUCACCAAUUUAGCCUGAUCCGUGCAUCCCGGCAAACCAUAGCUAAUGCAGCUGUUGCUGAUGGUAUCUUCGGUCGGAGUAGGGGUGUCCUUCAUUCACGUCCGCCUAACAUCAUUCGUCGUUUUACUGCCUCUAGCAGGCGGUCGCGCAGGCAUACAGCUAUGGAGAAUCGAUUUGAUAUGUGUGAUAAGAAGUUAAAUGAAUGCAGCACCAGAGAAUUCCGGGGUCGAGCUGGUGCCUUUAAAACAGAUACGAUUAUUCGUAAAGUGGCAUUGAGCAAACCAAUUGAAUCAACUGGUGGUGACGCCAAAAUAUGCCCGUUCGUAAAUACUAUUUCUUGCUUCUCUGUCUACAUUAACUAUAUUAUGGUCAAAAUACGAAUGUAA